AUGCCCAACCCACUCCCGGACCACCUCAAGCUGCCCGGCUUUAUGGAGCGAUGGGGCGUCAUACUGAGCAACUCGCUCAACUUUUAUCGUGUGCACAUGCUGUGCUUCACCUUUUUCCCAAUGAUCUUUGCGGGAAUCAUGUACGGAGCCAAUGCGUCGAUCAAGAUCGAGUUCAUCGACUGCUUGUUCAUGUGCUACUCUUGCAUGUGUGUCACGGGUCUGAAUACGGUCAACCUCAGUACGCUCUCGACCUUCCAGCAGUUCCUUCUCUACUUCCAAAUGCUGAUCGGUAGCUCGAUCUUCGUGUCCAUUAUCAUGGUCUCUGUUCGCAAACAUUUCUUCAGAGUCAAGUUUCGGCAUGUUCUCAAGGAGCGCCAGAAGCGACGCGGCUCGUUCAGCCUGCACAAGACCUUGACAAAGAUCCCAACUGCCGCGGUUGGUGGACUGCGCCGCCGGUUCACCCGGCAGCCCGGCGCCGACAAUGAAGAUGUAGAGGACAAGCCGCCCUCGCGCCCUGCGUCUGUCAAGAAGAAGAAGAUUGCCAACAUCAACAAGGAUAUGAUCAAGCGUAUUGAUGGUGGCGGCGUGGGCCUCGUCAACCCCAUGGGUUGGUACGAGGCCGCCACGCCGCACCCCACCCCGGGCGACGUGACGAGUGGCAGUGGAGCUGCCACGCCCGACACCAACGCCGAGGAAAGCCCAGAGAGAUCGCCACGGACCCUGCGCAAGUCAUACAGCACAGCGGACCCCGAGGCAUUAAAGCUGUCGUUGGAGAGGGCUGCUCGUGUCGACAGCGCCACCACCAGCAGGAGUAGUGCCGAGCAGUACACUACGGACGAGUCCAAGGAGUCGCCUAUUGUCAAGGGAGCCCCUGAGACUGAGAGCCCCACUGGGUAUCAGCAUGGUGAGGCUUUGAGGCAGACGUCGACCAAUGACAGUGUCAGAAGUGGUCCUAAUGGUUCUCCAUACGUGCCACGCCCGUACGCUUCCCGCGCCCUUACAGAAGAAGCGUUCCCCCGCUCCAAGACCAUUGCCUUUGACGAGCCCGACGAUGGCUUCGAUCACCAACUUCACCCCUCAGAUGGCCCAUACUUCCCUCACACCGCUACUAUGCGCAGCGGUGUUGGCUUCCCGCGCACAAUGACAAACGGGUCCAUUGGCAUGCCGAGGACCUAUUCCCUCCGUCCUACCCAGAGCCGAUUUGUCGAGACCAAGAACAGCGGUUUCGGCGGUUUCCCUACUCCUCUAGAGCUGGUCGGCGACGCCGUGGAACGCAUCUUCCCCAGGACCAAAACCAAGAUGGACCGAAGCAUGACCAUGCAGCGCACAAACACCAUUGUUGGCCGCGAUAGCAUCGCUCCUGAUGACGGCGCCAAGCAGGUCAAUUACAUCUCAUUCUCCGCCGUCGUUGGUCGCAACUCGCGAUUCCAGGACUUGACCUCGGACCAAAUGGACGAGCUCGGCGGUGUCGAGUACCGUGCGUUGAAGGUGCUCUUCUGGAUUGUCUUGGUGUACUGGGUCUCGCUCCCUCUCAUGGGAGCUACGAUCAUCUCGCCGUACAUUGCCGCAGGCAAUAGAUACGACCACGUGUUCAACGACGCUCCCCAGAGGCAUGUUCGCAUCCCAUGGUUCGCCUUCUUCCAGUGCACCUCGGCCUUCUCCAACACUGGCGUCAGUCUGAUCGACCUGAGUAUGGUGCCAUUCCAGAGGGCGUACGUCAUGUCGGUCGUGCUCGCGCUCUUGAUCCUGUUUGGCAACACGUGCUUCCCCAUCCUCCUGCGGUUCAUCAUCUGGACCAUCUACAAAAUGAGCCCUAAGAACGGAUCGCUCGAGGAGACGCUCCAGUUCCUGCUACACCACCCUCGUCGGUGCUUCAUCUAUCUCUUCCCUUCUACGCAUACCUGGUUCCUGGUCUUUGUGGUCAUCAUCUUGACGUUGAUCGAUUGGUUCAGUUUCAUGGUCUUGGAUCGCGGCAACGAGGUGAUCGACGAGAUUCCAAUUGGAACGCGUCUCGCUGCGGGCCUGUUCCAGUCUACUGCCGUUCGUGCAGCUGGAUUUGCCAUCGUCCCUCUCAACGCUCUCGCCCCGGCUGUCAAGGUUCUCUACGUUAUUAUGAUGUACAUUUCGGUUUACCCCAUUGCCAUGUCGGUUCGUGCUACAAACGUGUACGAGGAACGAUCCCUUGGGCUGUUCGAGGACGAGGAGGAAGAAGACGAGCACGAGCCAGAGAACGUCGAGGAGGGCGCGCAAGCGGUUGCCAAGUACCUUGGCUGGCACGCACGCCGCCAGCUCGCCUUUGACAUGUGGUGGAUUGUUCUCGCCCUUUGGCUCAUCUGCAUUAUCGAGCGCCCUGCCCUCUUGCAGAAGGAGAACUGGGACUACAUGAACGUGUUCAACAUCAUAUUCGAGGUUGUCAGCGCGUACGGCACCGUCGGUCUGAGCCUCGGUGUGUCGUAUGACAACUAUGCCCUCUCGGGUGGCUUCCGCAAGCUCUCCAAGCUCAUCAUUUGCAUCGUCAUGCUUCGUGGCCGACACCGUGGUCUGCCCGUGGCUAUCGACCGCGCUGUCAUGUUGCCCAACGACUUUACCCAGGCGGAGGAGACUGCUCUGGAAGACCGCCUACGGAGGUCAAGAAGCCGACGUGCGAGCACAUAUGGUGGCUCGCAGACCGGGUCCCAGUUCCAGACGGCAUCCAACUUUGGCCCGCAAGGGGGAUUCCAGCUGCCACGCACCUUCACCGCUGCGACUGAGGCGCCUGUCGGCACCCAACGCGAGGUUCCUCGCCCUACUCGCAGCGACUCUGCGCCAUCGGCAGCGCAGCCAGUGGCCUUUGCGCCGGCACCUGUCGCCAAACGCGACGCAUCGCCCUCUGGCAACGCUCUCGGCAUGCGCCGCCACCAGCGGACAUCGUCGUCGGGAUCUGCAUCAAUAGAGCAGUCGCAGCCUCCUACGCCCAGUUCGCUCACGUUUGCGCUCGGUACCAGACCUAGCCAUGCGGCCACUAUGGGGCAUGUUCCGGGAGGCGCUGGAGGAUCGUUGACUCCUGUCGAGGAGAUGAGCCGGCGGCCAACCUUAGUCGAGGCGGACCCGGAGGUCGCGGCCGCCCGGGCGGCGUUCGCGGCCAAGAACACGGAGAGGAACACGGAGAAGGAGCACCAGGAUUAG